UAAUUUGGCUUGUCUAUCGGAAUCUCGACUUUUCUGCACGAAUUUUGUAGUUUAUUAGGCGUAUAUUUUUCUAUUUAUAACAAUUCGGGCGUUAUAAAUAAAUAUUUACAAGAUCAAAGCAGGAAAUGAGCGUUACACGGAAGACAAAUCGAUCAUAAAGUCAUAAAGUCAAGUUGUGUUGACAUGGUAUGGAGUUCGCGUCCAUUAGCAACGAAAAGCAUUCAUGUGUAGCGAGGAAAUAGCUUUGUUUAGAAAUGGGACUGUAUUGAAUCAUUUUGUAUAUUUUUGAAAUCAUCGCUGUGAAAUGACUGAGGAAAAUUUGGGGGAAAGAGAGGACGCUUCUUCACAAGUUUUAUAUGAACAACUACAAGGCGAAUACAACAAGCUUUUAAAACAAUACGCUGCCGCGGAGAAUACUAUAGACGUAUUACGAACUGGAGCUACUGUUCAUUUGUACACAGAACCGCUAGAAAGUAGACCAAAUAGCCGUUUAAGCUUUGAAACAGCAAGAUAUCCACAGAAUAUCAACUUUCCCAGACCGCUACAAGCAAGCACAAGUGAAUUUUCGACCAUGAAUGAGACCUGUAGUACAAUUUUCACAACAGGUGGUCGGGUCGAAACACCAAUUCAACGGGAAAAUACUAGAGGAAACCUUUCUCUACAAGCUAGAAUACAAGCUUUGAAAGAAGAUGUAAACACGGUUGAAAGUAUUUUAUCCGAAAGUGGUUUAAAUAAUGAAGAAACGCUAAACGAACUACUUGUUAUUUGUACACAACUUCAUAAAGAACAUAACACACUCACUCGCGAGCUAAAAUUACAGUCACGAAAUACUGUGGGCCUUUCUGCAUCGAGGUAUGAUAUUUCAAUUGUGUUGAAACAAUUAUGUUUUAAAAAGCAGCUUAUAAUUAAAGUUAAUGUUGUAAAAAGUGUUUGUUAAAAAAAUAUCUGUUGUAUAUAUUAUACUUGGGGUAUUAUUUUAGCGUGCAAUUUUGAACACGUAAUGAUUACUAUAAUUUCUUCUAAUCGGUAAAUCUUUGAUUUUCCAGUUAUUAGCCAUCCUUAUGAAAGUGAAUAAAAUAUAUGAUAUUUUUGAUAUCUCCAAAAUUAAUUUAAAUUAUUGCAGUAUUAUCAGUAUUAUUACUGAGCUGGCCAAGACUGAAAUUCUCAGAAAUUUUGCUUUCUGAAAUUUGCUUUCUAAAAAUUGUAUUGUAAUUUUUUGCUGUUAUUUUUCUUAUUUUCAGCGAUGGCAAUAAUUUUAGUACAAAAACAGAAUUGCAAAAAGAGGUAACAGCUGUGAAAAACACUUUGCAUAUGAUGUUUGUUAAUAAUUAAUGAUAAUUUUAACAUAUGUGUCAUAUUUGUAACAGCUGUACAGAAUUGGUUUACGCAUUGAGGAAAUUCAAGGAGAUAUUAUGGCUGGAUUGAAAACAAAGAAACCCACUCCUGCAGUUAAAUCGUAAGUUUGAAAGAAAUGCAGAUACGAUAGUACCGGAGGGGUAGUACAUAAUACUACAAUCUAUUUAGGAGUACAUCAAAAUACAUAUAUGUACAUAGAUGUAUACAUGUUUAUGAGGAAGUUCAUAAAUGUGCACAUAUGUAUGUAUAAGUACAUUGAUAUCGAUGAAAGGACAUAGUUGCACAUGAAAAUACAUAAAUAUACAUAGAAGUACACAAAUGUACCAUGUUGUAUACUUGUAUACAAAUGUACCUAAAUGCAUGUAAUUAACAUACAUUUUAUAAAAUUUAGAGAAAAACCUUCAAAUGAUAAAAAAGCAUCACUGAGCCCAGAUCUUGAGAGUCUUGUCAAGGUAAAGUUUAUACAUUAAUUAUGCUAUAGUAGCUCCCAGUAUAUACAACUAGAGACAUCUCUAUAACCAAGUAGGGUGAUGAGUGCUGUUGGUCUCUAAAAAAACUCUUAAUUUAUUAUAUUGAAGGAAAUGAGAGAUUUAAAAGAUGCCAGUAUUAAAAACAGUCAAGAGAUUCUCAACAGGUUUGUAUUGGUGAAAAUGCACUAUAGACAAUCAUUUUGUCUCCACCUCCCAAAUGCCCCCCCCCCCCCCUUGAAAUUUGCCUUCGGACGAACAUAAAUGUUUUACAUUCAUGACAAUAUUUCAUUUCUUGCAGUUCCAGGAUGGCAAAUACAAGAACAGGAAAUGUUUUACCACGUGGAAGAUAUUCAGAGGCCAAACAUGAUGUGGUGGACUCGCGGUAUUUCACAGCAAGUCCUGUGAAUAUGGAAUAUCCACCCAACACACUCUCUGGAAGUGACGAGUAUGUAAAGUCUGUAUGGAAAAAUGCUUCAUGAGUUGCCAGAAGGAUUUGCUUGGAACCUUUAUAUGUGAUGUUUUCAUGGCUGGUUUACCAAAGUUUCUGUGAUCACAGAAACUUUGAUAGUGUAAAAACUAAAAUAGCCUUCAAGGCUGGCAAUACCACCAAAAGUGUUAUGGCCAAAAAAAUGCACUUUGCCUUUGCCCUGUUUAGACAGAUGCUUAUUAUAUGUUAGUAAGAACAACAGAAACGAAAACACUCUGGUCAGUAGUAACUGUCAUCAAUGGACCACUUGCGUAAUAGACAAAAGUUUGAUCUCAACAAGUCUAGACAAAAAUUUCAUCACAGCUUGAAAGAGCAUCACAAAAUUAGUAAUAUUCCAAAGUUUCGUUGUGAAAUGUUGCAAAAUGCGGAUAAUAAUAUAGCCUUGCGAAGUUUGCCGUUUUUCAGUCAUUUUGCAUUACAAACGGGAAAUUGACAGACCCAAAGGGUAUUGGACUUGUUAAGAUCAAAAUUGUGUCUAUUACGCAAGUGGUCAAUUCAUUACUGUUUUGUUUCUCUAGAUCUGAAAAUGAGCAAACAUUGAAUGUGACCUGGCCUCCGUCACACAAUGCCGUAGAUUCUGACAUCUUACGUCACAGUUUCUCAGAAACUACCCAAGGCUAUGACCAAUCAAUUCCUGAUGAAAUCAAGACCAGAAGAUCAGGCCAUUCACCUACAAAUCAUUCAAUGUCAAACGGACAAAGUCCUCAAAACAAUGACCAGCCUAGGACGGACCAUUUUAGCGCGGAUAAUUCCAAACCCUCGUAUUACUCUAGGAAAAAACAACCAAAACAGUUUAAAUCAGAUCAACAAAGAUCAGAUUUAAAAAGAUCAGAGGGUGAAAGAAGGGAUUCUCUCAACAUCAGAAAACAUUCUCCAUAUUCUGAAGAAGAAACUGUACAUCAUAGGUCAGAGCAACACAGAUCAGAUCCCUCAGAGCGAGGAGAUGAUCUCAAUUCAGGCAAUAUAAGAAAACAUUCACCAUUUUCUAGCCAAGAAACUGUAGUGUACAAAUCAGAUUCCAGCAGGCCAGACCUUCAAGGAAAUAAACAUCUCGCCGACACAAGAGAACAUUCUUCAUAUUCUGAUCAAGAACACGAGAAAGACAAGCGAUUAUCAAAACACUCAGAUUGCGAAAGAAAGGAUUAUCAAACCACUAAAAAACAUUCUCCAUAUUCUGAUGAAGAAGCUGUACAUCACAAAGACAACCAAACUCCCAAACACAGUGAGAAGCGUAGCCCCGAACACCGUCUUGGAUCACCUGAUCUUGGCGCGCGAAACUUUAACAGUAUGUCAAGUUUAGCUGAUAGCAGUCGAAUGUCUACGCCUCUCUUUCAACCUCGUGGAGCCACGCGUGUAUCCCCGCACUCCACGCGCGGGUCCCACACACCGAGGUACAAGCAACGAAACCCAAGUGAUGGUUUCGAUAGCGGCUUCGUAGGUUCGGAAGCUAGUCGGAGCUCACGACUAACGACGGACCGUCCCGAUGGAGUACAAAAGUUGAAUAUUUCCAACCAAUGGGAUUCGAGUUUACAUCUUGACUUGGUCUCGGAAAUAGAUGAAAACGAGACUACGUCUUCUCCCGAACAAAUGUCGACAACGUACGAACUUACCACGACAGACGGUCGACAGUCUCCGACGAAGGGUACAAAAAGUCGACAGCUGAAUGAGGACGUGAAAUUCAUUAACUGUACUCCUCCAUCGUCCCCAGAAACAGCCCCAAGGACGCCCGCGGGGUAUUUUGAGUACAGAUCAUCGCAUACUAGGUUGCUUAGCAACGGCGGUAAUUCCUUACCAGUCCACAACACGGCUGAUCCAUUAUUAUCACACAUUAAUGAAAGACCUUUGUUAGAACGCAGGCCUUCUUCAGAACGUGGUUCAAGUGUCGAGGAGACAUCAAGGAUACGUAUGGAUAGACGUAAGAUACGUCGUGCUGGAUCACGUGAUGUUACACCAGAAGUAACUGCAGACAUUAGGGGCAGCGGCAACACAGUGAGGCCACGGCCACCGAGAAGAACAAACGAACAUAAUGAAAGGUUUGUCUCUAAAUUUUAGACAUAAAUUAAUAUUUGUGCAGGAAUAGCGUUGUCAGUAUAAAUCGUUUGCACUCAUUCCCCAGCGCAAACUCAACAAAAGCCCCUGGCGGCCAUGUUGGUGUUCCAGACAAAAGAAUCUAAUUAAAAUUCUUUUGAAUUGGAACACCAACAUGGCGGCUGUGACGUCAUGUGCAAGCGCUCUUUCGAUUACGCUUUCUAGUUCAUUAGUAUAGUUCGUCUGUGUUUACACUAGCGACGUUCAGAUUUGACUUCCACUACCACUCACUGGCUUAGUAAACAUCUGAUUGGUUGAUCGGAUGACGGAUAUAUCAAACGCAUCUGAUUGGCUAAUGGUGGACGUCAAAUCUGAACCUCACUAAUAUAACGGAUCAUUUCUAUAAAUCUGGCCAUUAAUAAAUCGUUUGAGGUUUCUACAAAAUAGUGAAUGUUUUAUCUUUCCAGGAAAUCACAAGUCUUACGAAAUGAAGUUGAUUCACUUCAUGAUCACGUGGACACAUUACAACGUCCACGUGUCACUAUGGACAUGUACGACGAGUUCCGAGAUCAUGACGAACAGUUACGGAGAGGCCAUGAACGAAAACAUGAGAGGAAACUUGACGAACUGAGACAGAGUAUCGAGCAGCUGAAACAAGAUAUCAAAUCUAGGAAUAGAAAAGACCGACGGAGACCCGAUCGGGAUACGGAAUUCUACGACGAUUUCCGAAGUGAGUUGCGAAAAGUAACAGACAGAUUAGACGAACUAACUGCACUGCGUAAUACGUCGGAAACAUCCCCAACUGCCCAUGUAUUACCCUCAGAGUUCCUUACUACCCAUCAUUCUCCCCAUGAUGAAGAUAUGGCAAAACGUUUCAGUAAUCUAGUUCAAAAAGUUGACGAAUUGAGGCUCAGAAUUGAAAAUCCUCGCGAUAAUUUUGGCGCUCCUCGUGAAACGUCCAGACAUUUUUGUCGUCUUUGUUACGAAGCUGACGUACAACAUCGUGGUAAUGGAACUGAAAAUGCCGCUGGCCAUCAACCACGGGCAUCGACUCCGUUUGUUUCAGAUGUUCACCACGGACCGGAAUCCACAGCUAAAGUAGAGCACAGGUACGUUAUGGUCUAAUGCAGUAAAUUGUCGUGGUUUGUGUCUGAACUACCUGAAAAUACAUCUCAAACGUGGUGGUCCAGUGUAGGUAAUAUUCUACAAUAAACUGUCGUGGUUUGUGUCUGAACUACCUGAAAAUAUAUCUCGAACGUGGUGGUCCAGUGUAGGUAGUAUUCUACAAUAAGCUUAGGCUACCUGAAAAGGCCUAGGCACUGCUAACAAAGAUUCUCAAUUCUGAGCUUUUUUGUAAAUUUUUUAGAUCGUAUCUAUCCUCCACAUAUCCCGGUGCAAUACUACAGCAAUCCCCUGUUAUCCAUCAUAUCCACACAUACCACAAAGGUCCUGGAUUGAGACAGCAGUACGAGACAGACUCUGACGAUGAUGUGAAGAGGUUUGAAUAUUACUUUAUUUAUACUUGCUAGCAAUGCUAGACUGGUAACAAAGAUUCUCAAUUCUGAGCUUUUUUGUAAAUUUUUUAGAUCGUAUCUAUCCUCCACAUAUCCCGGUGCAAUACUACAGCAAUCCCCUGUUAUCCAUCAUAUCCACACAUACCACAAAGGUCCUGGAUUGAGACAGCAGUACGAGACAGACUCUGACGAUGAUGUGAAGAGGUUUGAAUAUUACUUUAUUUAUACUUGCUAGCAAUGCUAGGCUGGUGUGUCUAUCAGUUCUAAACUGUUCUUCCUUCAGGUCCAGUAAGGGUAAUGUCUUAUUGAUCCAGUGUUACUACAGGAGGAAACCUAAACUGAACUAACUUUAUUUAUACUGGAUAACUCUAUCAGUUCUUUUCAUUUCUCGUUUUAUUUUCAGAACUCCACGUCGAAAACACGGGAUCCAUCGUUCACGUUAUCGACCAAGACACGUAAACUGUUCUUCUUAGAGGUCCAGUAAGGAUCAUCUCUUAUUGAUCCAGUGUUACUACAGGAGGAAACCUAAACUGAACUAACUUUAUUUAUACUGGAUAACUCUAUCAGUUCUCUCAUUUCUCGUUUUAUUUUCAGAACUCCACGUCGAAAACACGGGAUCCAUCGUUCACGUUAUCGACCAAGACACGUAAGUCUUUCAUUUGAAAUAUAAAAUAUUUAGUAAAUCUUUGUUCAAAUUGCUGUCAUCAUCCCUAUUCAUUCCUAUUCAUCUAUUAAUACAAGGACAAGAAGUUCUUGAAGCAACAUUCCUAUAAGUAUCCUUUGUUUAAAUAUAAACCUUUGUUCCAUUCUUUCAGGAUUUAUCAUACAAUGAUCAUCUAUCACUGGACGACGCUCGCAAGGCAGCUUGGGAUGUUCAACGGCUAUCAAAGAACAUACUGAAUAGCAUAACGCUUGAUUUAACCUCCUUAAAAAGCUAGCAUAGAUUGCUCUUGUUUUAUCUGUAGUUCUGUUUGUACUGCAUUGGCUUGUUGUAAAAUUAUUGGAACAAAAAUAGGGUAACGUCUCUAUGUCUAUCUGUUCAUGGGUUCCUAACUUAUAAACACGGAGACAUGAUUCUAUAACCAAAAAUAGAUAGUGUAUUAUGUCGAAUUUAAAAUUAAUAUAUACGAGAUAUUUUAUAAAGUAUGCAUUGCAAUGUUACCUAUUCCAUUAUUAGAGACCUUACGAUUUUAGGACGGCAACGCGACGGCCACGGC